GCACCUCCCGUCUUCGCCAGUCCUUUUGCGCUAACCAGCCCCAUCCCGUCUCCCACGCUCCCUGCCCUACGACGCUAGAGGAGGCGACAUGUCGUGGCUGCAGUACGCGGCGACCCGGAGGCAGCGCGCCGCCACGGCCUGCCUCUUCCUCACCGGCGCCGCGCUCAUCGCCGCCGCCGCGCGCCUCUCCUACGCCAACAUCGAGCCCCAGCGCGCCAAGGCCGCCCAGCGCCGCAAGGUCCUCGAGGACUUCAUCGCCCGCAAGCGCGCAGCCGUGGCCGGACCCGGAGCCGAAGCCGGAGCAGGCUCCCACCCCCAGCCAGAUGCCCCCAAAACCUAGCCAUGCAUCGGCGCCACGACACCACCCGGGAUCAAGCUUGAAGCUAUCAUCCGAGCAAAAAGGGGAUCGGUUUUUUGUGCAGGCCCUCCGUAGUUGCAAGCUUUCUUCAGCAAAGGGGGCGAUUGUAAUGGCCAUCGAUUUCUGUAGCACUGGGAGAUUUCUUUACCCUCUCUGAAUUGUGGUGCUAAUUUGGUUUGCUGUAGUUCUGCCGAGUGCUGUAACAUGACUUGAAUAAUUUUCCCUGGCUAAAUGGCAGUGAUACAUUCA